GUGUCAGGGCUGAUUUGUGGGCUGCGUGGGGCUCACGGAACCUGGGGGACGCGGGUCUGAGGGGUGGGAGGGCACCGUCCUAGGGCCCGGGCGGCGGUGUGAGGGGAUGGCGGCACGAUGGAGCAGCGAGAACGUCGUGGUGGAGUUCCGCGACUCCCAGGCGACAGCAAUGUCUGUGGACUGUCUUGGGCAGCAUGCCGUGCUUUCUGGCCGCAGAUUCUUAUACAUCGUCAAUCUGGAUGCUCCCUUUGAAGGUCACCGGAAGAUCUCUCGCCAGAGCAAGUGGGACAUCGGAGCUGUGCAGUGGAAUCCUCAUGACAGCUUUGCACACUAUUUUGCAGCUUCGAGUAACCAACGAGUUGACCUGUAUAAGUGGAAAGAUGGUAAUGGGGAAGUAGGCACAACUCUACAAGGCCAUACUCGUGUCAUCAGUGACUUGGACUGGGCGGUGUUUGAGCCAGAUCUUCUGGUCACCAGCUCUGUGGACACAUACAUCUACAUCUGGGAUAUCAAGGACACAAGGAAGCCUACUGUUGCACUGUCUGCUGUAGCUGGUGCCUCUCAGGUCAAAUGGAAUAAAAAAAAUGCUAACUGCCUGGCCACCAGCCAUGAUGGUGAUGUACGGAUAUGGGACAAGCGGAAACCCAGCACAGCAGUGGAGUAUCUAGCAGCCCACCUCUCCAAAAUCCAUGGCCUUGACUGGCACCCGGACAGUGAGCACAUUCUUGCUACCUCCAGUCAAGACAACUCCGUCAAGUUCUGGGAUUACCGCCAGCCUCGGAAAUACCUUAAUAUUCUCCCUUGCCAGGUGCCUGUCUGGAAGGCCAGAUACACGCCUUUUAGCAACGGACUGGUGACUGUGAUGGUUCCCCAGUUGCGGAGGGAAAACAGCCUUCUCCUGUGGAAUGUGUUUGACUUAAACACCCCCGUCCACACCUUUGUGGGGCAUGAUGAUGUGGUGCUGGAGUUCCAGUGGAGGAAACAGAAGGAAGGGUCCAAAGACUACCAGCUGGUGACAUGGUCUCGGGAUCAGACCUUGAGGAUGUGGCGUGUAGAUUCUCAGAUGCAGAGGCUUUGUGCAAAUGACAUAUUAGAUGGCGUUGAUGAGUUCAUCGAAAGCAUUUCUCUUCUGCCAGAACCAGAGAAAACCUUGCAUGCUCAGGAUGCAGAUCAGCAACACAACUCAAGUCACGGGGAGGAGGAAGCCCUAAAGGAAGAUCCCCCGAGCAGUGUGUUGGAAGAAAGGAAGUCAGAUCAGCUAGGCCUGCCCCAGACCCUACAGCAGGAGUUCUCCCUGAUCAAUGUGCAGAUCCGGAACGUCAACGUGGAGAUGGACGCAGCGGAUAGGAGCUGCACAGUGUCCGUGCACUGUAGCAACCAUCGAGUCAAGAUGCUGGUGAAGUUUCCUGCUCAGUACCCCAAUAACGCAGCGCCUUCCUUCCAGUUUGUCCACCCCACCACCAUCACAUCUACCAUGAAGGCGAAGCUGCUGAAGAUCCUAAAGGACACUUCCCUGCAAAAAGUGAAACGCAACCAGAGCUGUUUGGAGCCCUGCCUGCGCCAGUUGGUCUCCUGCCUCGAGUCUUUUGUGAACCAGGAAGACAGUGCUUCCAGCAACCCGUUUGCACUCCCAAACUCUGUCACACCACCUUUACCGACAUUUGCAAGGGUCACCACUGCCUACGGGUCGUACCAGGAUGCCAAUAUUCCCUUUCCCAGGACGUCCGGGGCCAGGUUCUGUGGAGCAGGUUACCUGGUGUAUUUUACGAGGCCCAUGACCAUGCAUCGAGCUGUGUCCCCAACUGAACCCACUCCAAGAUCUCUGUCGGCCUUGUCAGCUUACCACACUGGCUUGAUUGCCCCAAUGAAGAUCCGCACAGAGCCUCCUGGGAACCUCCGAUUGUACAGUGGGAGCCCCACGCGCAGUGAGAAAGAGCAGGUCUCCAUCAGCUCCUUCUACUACAAGGAGCGGAUGUCUCCUCGCUCUGCCCGGCGACGUUGGUCCAUACAAGCAAUUAACGACUUCCCGAAAUCAAGGCGAUGGAAGAGUAAGCGGGAGGGACCAGACUCUAGCAACCGACCCAUCAAGGCAGCUGGGAAAGUCAUCAUCCAGGAUGUUGCUUGCCUCCUUCCUGUCCACAAGUCACUCGGGGAACUGUACAUAUUGAAUGUGAAUGACAUUCAGGAAACAUGUCAAAAGAACGCCACAUCGGCUUUGCUUGUUGGAAGAAAGGAUCUCGUGCAGGUUUGGUCUCUGGCGAUGGUAGCUACAGACCUUUGCCUAGGUCCGAAGUCUGACCCAGAUUUGGAAACACCCUGGGCUCGACAUCCAUUUGGGCGACAGCUGCUUGAGUCCCUGUUGGCUCAUUACUGCCGGCUCCGGGAUGUGCAGACCUUGGCCAUGCUCUGCAGUGUGUUUGAAGCUCAGUCUCGGCCUCAGGGAAUACCAACCCCCUUCGGGCCUUUUCCCAGCCGGUCUUCCACUCUCAUGGUGUCCCACAGUCGCUAUCCCAGCUUCACCUCCUCUGGCUCCUGCUCCAGUAUGUCAGACCCAGGGCUCAGCACCGGGGGCUGGAACAUAGCUGGCAAGGAGGCAGAGCACAUCUCUUCACCUUGGGGGGAGUCCUCACCUGAAGAGAUGCGCUUUGGGAGCCUGACCUGCAGUGACCCUAGGGAGCGGGAGCGGGACCAGCAUGAUAAAAAUAAAAGACUUUUGGACCCUGCCAAUACCCAGCAGUUUGAUGACUUUAAGAAAUGCUAUGGGGAAAUCCUGUAUCGUUGGGGUCUGAGAGAGAAGCGAGCAGAAGUGCUGAAGUUUGUUUCCUGUCCCCCUGAUCCACACAAAGGGAUUGAGUUCGGCGUGUACUGCAGCCACUGCCGGAGCGAGGUCCGAGGCACGCAGUGCGCCGUCUGCAAGGGCUUCACCUUCCAGUGUGCCGUCUGCCACGUGGCUGUGCGCGGAUCAUCCAAUUUCUGCCUGACCUGUGGGCACGGUGGCCACACCAGCCACAUGAUGGAGUGGUUUCGGACUCAGGAGGUGUGUCCCACUGGGUGUGGGUGCCACUGCUUGCUGGAAAGCACUUUCUGAACUUGCAGAUGCUGGCAGUUGUCAGGACCCCCCAAUGCUGGCCACCAGUGUUCAGCCAGGAGUUGGGCAGGCACUGCAGAGC